ACGGUGACCCUUUUUGCAUUUCCUUCCCAAAACUAAAAUGGAUACGUCGGAACGUUUUUCUGUUUUGACACAGACGCGUUCUAGUGACGCUAUCAUCUAGCGCGGGUGACUGAAUUGCGGAAGUGUAAUACCGGUGGACUGCAAUCAUGCACCGGAGAGGCGUGGGCGCCGGGGCGAUUGCCAAGAAAAAGCUUGCAGAGGCUAAGUACAAGGAGAGGGGAACGGUGUUAGCAGAGGACCAGCUGGUUCAGAUGUCAAAGCAGCUGGAGAUGUUUAAAACCAACUUAGAAGAGUUUGCCAGUAAACACAAGCAAGAAAUCCGCAAAAAUCCCCAGUUCAGAGUCCAGUUUCAGGAUAUGUGUGCUACGAUAGGAGUGGAUCCUUUAGCAUCUGGAAAAGGAUUUUGGUCAGAAAUGCUGGGAGUUGGAGACUUUUAUUAUGAGCUCGGUGUUCAAAUAGUGGAAGUGUGCCUGGCCCUGAAACAUCAAAAUGGAGGUCUGAUAACACUGAAGGAGCUUCACCAGCAGGUUCUGAAGGGACGGGGGAAGCUUGCUCAGGAUGUCAGCCAGGAUGAUGUUAUCAGAGCAAUAAAAAAGUUGAAGGUUCUUGGCAGUGGAUUUGGUAUUAUACCUGUAGGAGGAUCUUACCUGGUGCAGUCUGUACCUGCAGAGCUUAAUAUGGAUCAUACUGUAGUUCUACAGCUGGCAGAGAAAAAAGGAUUUGUAACGGUCAGUGAAAUUAAUUCCAGUUUAAACUGGGAGACAGAACGAGCCAAACAUGUACUGGAACAUUUACUGAAGGAAGGUUUGGCUUGGGUGGAUUCACAGGCCCCAGGAGAGGCCAAUUACUGGCUUCCAGCUCUCUUUACUGAACUGUACUCUAAAAAUAUUACCCCAGAAGAGGAACGAGGUCCUUCCUGAGAGCCCUUUGAAGCUGAUGUCCCAUUUGCCUCACUCUCCUGUCACUAUAGGACAUUAUGUACAUAUCCUCUCCAGCUUGCUUUAAGAUGACCACAUGCACCAAACCUUUUGAGUUUGACGCUCUGGGCAAAUACUUUCCUACAGUCAUAGCUUGUGUAUAUUCAAACCAUGACAAGUAAAUCAUUAUCAUUUUCCUAUUUUUUGGAAAUAAAAUCUUGUACUUAAAAAGAAUUCUGUUUGUUUCAAAUAAAACUACAGUUUUCUCUAA